AUGGGGUUGACAUUCACCAAGCUUUUCAGUCGGCUUUUUGCCAAGAAGGAAAUGCGAAUUCUGAUGGUUGGUCUUGAUGCCGCUGGUAAGACCACCAUCCUGUACAAGCUCAAACUUGGAGAGAUCGUUACCACUAUUCCUACCAUUGGGUUCAAUGUGGAAACUGUGGAGUACAAGAAUAUUAGCUUCACUGUUUGGGAUGUUGGUGGCCAAGACAAGAUUCGCCCUUUGUGGAGGCACUACUUCCAAAACACACAGGGUCUGAUAUUUGUUGUUGACAGUAAUGACAGGGACAGAGUUGUUGAGGCAAGAGAUGAGUUGCACAGGAUGUUGAACGAGGAUGAACUGAGAGAUGCAGUAUUGCUUGUAUUUGCUAACAAACAAGAUCUCCCCAAUGCAAUGAAUGCUGCUGAAAUUACUGACAAGCUGGGUCUUCACUCUCUCAGACAGCGCCACUGGUACAUCCAGAGCACCUGUGCAACCUCUGGGGAGGGUCUUUAUGAGGGUUUGGACUGGCUUUCCAACAACAUAGCCAACAAGGUAGCUACUGAUUUCUUUUUUGCUUCUUUCAUGAUUAGCAUUGGGCAAUAUUAUUAA